AUGAAGUGCUGCGAGGGUCUAAGUGGAGCGGAUCUUAAAUCUUUGGUAAAAGAAGCCGGUUUUGCGGCUUUCACAGAUAUAAACUCAACAACCAGUGAGAGUAGAAUCAAGAUGGUUCACUUUGAGCAAGCUUUCACUAAUCUCAAACCUUGUCUCACAAAUGAGCAAAUAAGGGAAUAUGAGGUAAUAUACGACCAGUUUCUAGGCGCCAAGUAA